GCGCCCGGGGCCCAGCGAGCCGGCCGCCCGCCCGGCCCUGAGAGGCGAGCCGCGAGCUCCUCCGUGCCCCGGCGAGCUCCGAGCGGCCGCGCGGGGCUGUAGAGCGCUUCGGCUUCGUCUGCGGUCGGGGAGGAGAGCGGCGUUGCUCCGGUAGCCCGGCCCGAGGAGCGCCCGUCUGCUUUGACGCGCGAAGAUGGUGAGAUGCGGACUGCGCUGUGACACGACCCGCUCCCCGCUGCGGAGUGCGGGCUCUGCGGCCGCCUUCCCGCUCGCUGCGCUCUGAGGGAGGACGCCGGUCCUUUUCCCCCUUCCAUAAACCUCUCCUUGCUUCCAUGGUGCGGUGGUCAGCGUUGUUUACGGAAGGGGGAAAAAAAAGGAGGCGGUCGAGGUCCCAAACAAAAGUAUUUGUAUGACUCAUCCGCCUGGAUUUAAGACGUUCUCUCCCUCUGUCGAGGAGCCUUUCCUUCUGUCUGAAGAAAUCAGAUGCUCGUUCCUGUUCUUCCAGAGGAGGGUGGAUUAAAAGUGGUACGUUUUAGACGUUUUCUGGGCCACUGCUGAUGUUGUUAAGAGACAUAAUGGGGCUUUUUCACUGGAUUAUUGCCAGAAUUAGUUUACACACUGAAACAAUGAGUUGUUAGGCCUCUCGUAUGCGGUAAUGUUUGUCGUGCUUUAACGUAAACUUGCUGUGGAGGUUUGGCUUAAAAAUUGUGGAGGACGAUCUGCAUCUGCAUCGGAAGAGGUUCUCUUCGUCUCUGGUUGGUGUGGCAACUCCAAUCUGUCCUCGAUGCCUUCAGCCUUGGCCAUCUUCACCUGCCGCCCCAACUCCCAUCCGUUUCAGGAGCGUCAUGUCUACCUGGAUGAGCCCGUCAAGAUCGGCCGCUCAGUGGCUCGCUGCCGGCCGGCUCAGAACAAUGCGACUUUUGACUGUAAGGUGCUGUCCAGGAACCACGCACUUGUCUGGUUUGAUCACAAGACCGGCAAGUUCUAUCUUCAAGACACUAAAAGUAGUAAUGGUACCUUUAUUAAUAGCCAGAGACUGAGUAGAGGGUCUGAGGAGAGCCCACCAUGUGAGAUAAUGUCAGGUGACAUCAUCCAGUUCGGUGUAGAUGUGACGGAGAACACACGGAAAGUUACUCAUGGAUGUAUAGUCUCCACAAUCAAACUGUUUCUUCCAGAUGGAAUGGAAGCUCGAUUGCGAUCUGAUGUUAUCCAUGCUCCAUUACCAAGUCCUGUUGAUAAGGUUGCUGCUAACACGCCCAGUAUGUAUUCUCAGGAAUUGUUUCAGCUUUCACAGUAUCUACAGGAAGCUUUACAUCGGGAACAAAUGUUGGAACAGAAGCUGGCAACCCUUCAGCGACUACUUGCUGUUACACAAGAGGCUUCCGAUACUAGUUGGCAGGCUUUAAUAGAUGAAGACAGGCUGCUAUCAAGGUUAGAGGUUAUGGGUAAUCAGUUACAAGCAUGUUCAAAGAAUCAAACAGAAGACAGUAUACGAAAAGAGCUUAUAGCAUUACAAGAAGACAAACACAACUAUGAGACAACAGCCAAAGAGUCCCUGAGGCGGGUCCUACAGGAGAAAAUUGAAGUGGUCAGAAAGCUGUCUGAAGUGGAGCGGAGUUUAAGUAAUACUGAAGAUGAAUGUACUCACCUGAAAGAAAUGAAUGAGCGGACUCAGGAAGAAUUAAGAGAAUUAGCUAAUAAGUACAAUGGAGCUGUAAAUGAAAUUAAAGAUCUUUCUGACAAGCUAAAGGUGGCAGAAGGAAAACAAGAAGAAAUCCAACAGAAAGGACUGGCAGAGAAAAAGGAAUUACAACAUAAGAUAGAUGAAAUGGAAGAAAGAGAACAAGAGCUUCAAGCAAAAAUAGAAGCUUUGCAGGCUGAUAAUGACUUCACCAAUGAGCGGCUAACUGCUUUACAAGUACGGUUAGAACAUCUUCAGGAGAAAACUCUUAAAGAACACAACAGCUUAGGCAUACAAGUUGAUGACUUCAUACCUAAAAUUAAUGGGAGCACACAAAAAGAGAACUUUCUUUCAAAGAGUGGAGGGGACUGCACUUUUAUUCAUCAGUUCAUAGAAUGUCAGAACAAGAUCAUAGAUGAAGGACAUCUAACCAAAGUGGAAGAAACAAAGCUUUUGAAAGAGAACCAAGCAAGAGUGAAAGAAUCAGAUUUGUCAGACACUCUUAGUCCGAGCAAGGAAAAAAGCAGUGACGACACUACAGAUGCCCAAAUGGAUGACCAAGAUCUAAAUGAACCUAUUGCUAAAGUAGCUCUUCUGAAAGAUGAACUUCAGGGUGCACAAUCAGAGACUGAGGCUAAGCAAGAAAUUCAGCAGCUGCACAAGGAGCUGAUUGAAGCCCAAGAGCUAGCUAGAACAAGUAAACAAAAAUGCUUUGAACUUCAAGCACUAUUGGAAGAAGAGAGAAGAGCAUAUAGAGUGCAAGUUGAAGAAUCUAACAAGCAAAUAAAUGUUCUGCAAGCUCAGUUGCGGAGGUUACAAGAAGAUAUUGAGAAUCUUCGUGAGGAGAAGGAGAGUGAAAUUUCUAGCACGCGAAAUGAACUAGUCAGUGCUCAAAAUGAAAUUCUGUCACUUCAACAAGUAGCAGAAAAGGCUGCAUCAGAACGAGACACAGAUAUUUCUGCUUUGCAAGAUGAACUACAAACUGUACGAGCAGAAUUGGAACGGUGGCGGAAAGAUGCCUCGGAUUAUGAAAAAGAAAUUGUCAGUCUACAAGCCAGUUUUCAGCUUAGAUGUCAGCAGUGUGAGGAGCAGCAUAAGGAGGAGGCUGCUCGUUUGAAAGGUGAACUUGAAAAGUUGAAGGCAGAGUGGACUGCUCUGGAAGCUGAAUGUGUUACGCUAAGGAAGGAAAAUACUUCACUUGCAUCUGAACUUCAGCGACAAGAGAAGGAGCUUUCUAGCUCUCAGAAGCAGAGUUUAGCUCUAACCAGCAAUAUAAGUGUUCUUGAAAUGUCUCGAAAAGAACUUGAAGAUCAGAUGGGAUCUUUGAGAGAAAAACAUCAACAGGACGCAGCCAGUCUAAAAAGCCAACUCAGUGAAGCUGAGAGUCAAGCAAAGGAUGUUCAGAAAGAGUAUGAAAGAACACAGACAGUGCUCUCAGAACUGAAGGCGAAGUAUGAGAUGGCUGAACAAGAAAAACAGUCAAUCACAGAAGAGCUUAAACAGUGUAAAGAGAACUUGAAGCUGCUGCAAGAAAAAGGAAACAACAGACAAUGGCCUUGGAUGCCUGUGAUGGCAGCUUUGGUUGCUGUGACAGCCGUGGUGCUGUACCCAGGCCUAACCAGAGCUUCUCCAUGAGAACUGUUGUUGAAUCCAUACACCGUCCUCCCUUUAGAAGCUGGCAACAUUCAUAUACUGAGGGAAAACAGAUUAAUUCUCUUCCUUUUUUUUUUUUUUUUUUUUUAACCUCUUAAUACAGCACAGCUCUGCGUGAGAACAGCAGUAGGGUCAUUUGCUUUAAACUGUAUAAAAUGUAUCUGUCUAUAAAGAGGGAAUAAAAUUGUGAUUCAUCAUACUGUGAGCAAUAUUUUUGCUUACAAUUUCAUGCAAGUUUUAAAUUAGUUUGUUGGGAUUCUGAAUACUACAACGGUGGCCUAAAGUAGACUUCUUGGUACCAAAUUAUUUAUAAUGGCUAGGUUUGUGGGCACGUACUUUAGAAUCUGAUUGCCAGAUUUAAAAGGAAAAACACACGCUGGAUUUUGGACACCCAAGCCAAGUAACCAUACAGAAGCUUGGCAAACAGAUGCAGUGUGCUCAGUGCCUUGCAGUGUGAUGUUCUUUAAAACUAGUACGCCAUUUUACUUGCUGUUAGUCACUGAGCUGUUGGGAACAAGGCUUAAGAAAACUUCUUACCACUCCUUUUGAAGGAAACAUAUUUUUCUUUGAUAAGGAUUCUUUUAUUAAUGAUUUUGGGGGGGGGAAAAAAUGUCCAGCCUUAAAAGAGAUAGAUAUUGAUGGUGGAGACCAGCCUAGAGUAUUUAGUGUGUGCGAGUGUAAGCAUGUGUGUGUUCCUGAAUGAACUGAGGUAUUUCUGGGAGCAAAUACUUGGUCAUUUGAUGGACAUAGUGCAGUGAUUCAACUUACAUUAACUUUACUUUGAAUGUAAUUUAUUAAAUUUCAUAUAUUUAAAGAGGUGCGUUCUUUAAAAGUAUGAAUACUUUUUCACAUAUCACAUUGUAUCAAUUUAUUUUUUCAGUCAUUUGAUACUUUCUGACUGAGCUGGGGAAGCUCUUUAAAUAAGCUUUUAUUGAUGUAACUUCAUUAUGAGAACUGCUACAGUACAUUGUGAUUAGCUGAUAAUAUUCUAAGUUGCAUAAAAUGCUACAAAAUUGGAAUCAUCUCUGGUGAUGUACGGGUCAACUGAAGAUGAUUUUAAUUUGGUAGUAGACCUUUGUGCAUCCUCAUCACAUGGCUGUAAGUAUGAUGCAGUGGUCCCCAUUACAAAGUUUCUUUUCCUUAUCAAAGUACUAUAACUGUUGCUGUUUGCUGACUUUUGGUGGGAAUCACUGUAGAUAGUGCUGAAUUAAAUGUAGACUAUAGUUAUUCUGUUCAGCUCAACAGUUCUGUCAAAAAAGUUUAUUAAAGACUUAAACAAUAUACUGAAGAAUGGUAAAGUAAAAUGGCUUUGCUAAGGGAAACUUCAAAACAGGGAGGUAAUAAUCUCAGCAAUUAAAUUGGCUUUAAACAAUUGUAUGGCAAUCGACAGGUAGUUUAAAUAUUUAAAUAGAAAUCUAGUAUAUAACUUACCUUGUAAGGUUUUGAGGGUCAUUGUCCUUUAAUUAAAGGUUCUGUCUUAAGUUACAUGGGAUUUUCUAUGGGGAGGAUUACUAGUAAUGGCAAAAAUAGUCCACAAGUGACUUGUAGAAAAUAUUGUCAUUUAGUUCGUUCAUUUCAUCACUUUCAGUUGCAGGAAGCCACCCAACCACAGAACACUCGUAUGCCAGUGGUACUCAGUACCUCUUGUAUAUAGGUUAUUGCAAAUAUUGUUCUGAAAUGCUUACCUUCAGAAUUACAUUUUUUAAAGUAAAUAAUUGUUUUAAAUCUAUUUUGUAAAGAUAUAAAAAUACAAUAGAAUUUCUGGAGUACAGAUUAAACUAUUUGCACUAACACACGUGAUGUGCAUGAUUUAAUAAAAUAACUUUACUCUCCCUA